AUGUAGAAAGAAAACGAACUAAUUGUAGGUGAUAUUUCUGAAUCAAGUAGAAAUAACUCCUCCAACCCAUCUUAGGAAGAAAUCUAGCUUUCUUAUAUUUAAUAAAACCGUAGGAUGUUUCAAAGAUCAGGUGCUAUCAAUAUUUAAACUCCUAGUAGAAAUAGUAAUAGUGGAGUAGCAGUGAGACAAUCUAGAUUUUGCAAAACUUAAGUAUACUCGUCGGAGCAGAGUUAAGAAUAACUUUUAUAAAUACUUAACGCUAAAAAAAGUUAGCGUGAGAAGAUACUGGAGCAAAAUACUCCGCUAUCUUCUAAGAAUGGUAGAAGAGGAUCACUUAAUAUAUAUUCAAAAUUAGAAGCUCUAGGCCAAAAGAAUUAGACCCUCACGAAAUUAAAGACCUAAAGCGACCUUGAUAGCAAUGAUGAGGAAGAAAAUUUUGAAGAGAAAGUAAGUAAAUAUACUCUUUAUGAAAUUGCCAAAUAAAGCAGUAUCUAAGAGUUAGAUGAAGAUACUUUUUAGAAGAAUUAACACUCAGUUUUUGCAGUUCCCUCGCAUUAAUAAUUUAUCUAGGAUUAAAAUCUAGAGGUACCUGAAGAGGAUUCUUCUGAUGAAGAUGCAAAUGACCAAGAACAAUAAUUGAACAAUUCAAAAGUUAACAAUUUGCCUCCACCCUCCUAACUAAAGUCGAACUAUCACUAGCGUGUAAAAUCCAUGAUGUCUGGAACUUAAGAAAAAACUAAAUAUAGUCCAUAGAGAAAUUCUCUUUAAGAUGCUCUUUAAAAUAUAAUUUAAAAACAUGAAGCCAGGCCAAUGAAGUCUAGAAAUCUAAGUUAAGUUUCUCCGCUAUAAAAAUAAAUUUUCUAGCAGAAAAUUAUGAGUAUAAAUAACUUUAACAUGCCUUCACUAUCUCCUGAGUGUUCACCAAUAAAUGGCUAUGAUGACUUAGUAGAUGACCAUAAUGAAACUUAGUUUUCUUUAUAAUCUAUGCAGCGAACUGAGUUAGAAAUUGCAGAAUUAGACUAGCUUAACCAAAUUAAGGAAAAUAUUUAAUUAAAGUAAAAAAUGUCACAUCAACAUGAAUGCUAAAUGGAUAGAAGAAAUGCUCACGAGAAUGAAAAUCUAAAUAAAUCUCAUGAAAUCAUUGGUGAGAGGAGAGGAAAUUAAAAAAGGACAACUUUUCGUUCAUUGUCAAAUAGAAGAAUAGUAAAGGAAUCGACAUUAAUCCACAAAAGCAAGAUAAAUGGUUAGAAGACAAUGAAUCAAUACGAGAUAGGUAGUGUCCUAGGAGAAGGUUAGUAUGGAAAAGUUCGCUAUGCAAAGGUAAAAGAUGAAAAUGGAAGCUUUUAAGAGUUUGCCAUAAAAUACUUUAAGAAAUAAUAACUGAAAAAGAUGAAGUAAUUUUAUAAAGAUGAAAAAGGCAGGACUAAAAUAUUCACUGGAAUAUAGACUGUUUAAUCUGAAAUAGCUGUGAUGAAAAAGCUUGAGCAUGAGAACAUAGUUAAGCUAUACGAAGUAAUUGAUGACACAGAAAAUGAUAAAAUCUACUUAGAAAUAGAAUACUUUGCUUAAUCAUAAACGGAAUAUAAGAAUAGUGAUUUGGUAAAAGAAAAGGUUUUCUUUAUAGAAGAAUAUCUUUUACGUAAAAUAUUCAGAGAUUGCUUAAAAGGUCUGGGAUACUUACAUUUCAAUGAUGUUAUUCAUAGAGAUUUGAAACCUUAAAAUAUUUUAUUCACCUAAAACGGAACAGCAGUAAUUACUGAUUUCAGUAUUUCCUUAAUAUUGGGUGAACAGAAAGUUCUCAAACAAGAUCAAGGAACUCUCUGUUUUAUGGCGCCAGAGCUUAUUGACAACGAAAAAAAUGUUGAAAAGAAUAAUGACUUCUACAAAAGAGCUGAUAUUUGGUCUUUAGGUGUGACAUUCUUUUGUUUUGUAUUUUACACUACUCCUUAUAAAAGCACCAAUUUAGAAGAUCUGUUCAAUGAAAUAUCAACUACUGAUCUUCAAUUCCCCAAAACAAGAAGCAUUUCCUUUGGCUUAAAAUUGAUUUUAAAAUCUAUGCUGAAUAGUCAUCCUUUAGAGAGAAUUACUUUAGAUGAAUUGAUUGAUGAUGAAUGGGUUAAUGAUGGAUACAGCAGUCUCUUGAGAGAUGAAAUAGAACUGCAGGAAAAGGUCGUCAUAUCAUAGCAAGAUAUAAAAUAAGCUAUGGUCCCGAAAAAUGAAGUUGCAUUUAUUAAUGGAUCAAUAAAUUCUAUAAAUUCCUCGUCUAUGAUUAGUUAUUCUGCUAUUGAUUCCUGCAAAUCACUUUAAUACGAUACUGUGACUUAUCAUGAAUGA